GCGAAUGCACGGGGCGAACACGCGGGCUUUUGGAUCACGUGUGACGGGGAAAACCCACAGACCCGGAGGAGUAAAAGUAGUUUUCACUGAUGCCGCGAUAGACGGAGCAACGUGACGAGAGGGACGCACGCACCUCCAUCCUCCGAGCAUCCACUCAAAGAUCCCGUGGUGCAGAGAUGAAACUCUCCCCCUACACGCUGCCUCUGCUCCUGAUGGCAGUACUGUCCACAGCAGCACAAGGCAGCUCUCUGAAGCCAGACCACACCAAAUGUCUGCUGGAACUGUCCCGGUCCUCUACUCAGAGCUCCUCAUCAAACUCCACAGCCAUGUUCUGUCCUCACACCUGGGAUGGCCUCCUGUGUUGGCCCCGGACCCCCACAGGGACUACUGUCAGUCUGGACUGUCCAGGACGCCCCCCACAGGACCAGCUUGAGAAGGCCAGGAGGCGCUGUGACGAGGGAGGUCAGUGGACAGAGCUUUCCACAUGUGUGCGUCUGGACAAAGCACUCACGUAUGUGCAGAAGACUGUCAUGGCUGACAUGUCAGUGGAGAGGUCUGCAGAGGAGGACCUGGACCUGGAGGAGAAUAGAGCUCUGAACAAACAUCUGAAGGAGAGAAGACUCAGGUGUGAGACGCUGAAGGAGGAGACACCACAGGGAGCAGGGCCGUACUGCAGUGCUGAGUGGGAUGGGUUCUUGUGCUGGGAACACACCCCUGCAGGAGGCGUGGCCUCCCAGAAAUGCCCCACCUCCGACUGGACUGGAGACCCCACAGAGACUGUCAGGAGGUUCUGCUCGGAGGAGGGGCAGUGGUUGAACAGCAGCAGCCAUGGAGCCAACAGCAGUGUGUGUGUGGGAGAUCCCAGGACCGCUGCUCAGCUUUCUGCAGAUGUAGACAUAGACUCCACCCAUGCCUCAGUCAGCCCCAGUGUCCAGUCUGAGGACGAAACCCUGGUACGGAGGAAGAUCCUGGACAACCAGUACAAGUGCUUUGAGAAGAUGCAUCGCGACCCGGCCUAUAACCGCACCGGUCUGUACUGUGCUCGUAAUUGGGAUGGCUGGCUGUGCUGGGAUGACACUCCGGCUGGCACCUUGACCUCCCAGAACUGCCCCAACUACUUUGUGGACUUCGACCCCACAGAAAAGGCCACAAAGUUCUGUGGAGAAGACGGGCUGUGGUUCCGGCACCCGGACACCAACCGAACCUGGUCCAACUACACACGCUGCAAUGAGAACACCAAGGCCAAGCUCAGGUCAGCCUACAUCCUGUUCUACAUGGCCAUCGUAGGCCACGCCCUCUCCAUUGCCUCUCUGCUCAUCUCACUGGCCAUCUUCUUCUAUUUCAGGAGCCUGAGCUGCCAAAGGAUCACUCUUCAUAAGAACCUGUUCUGCUCAUAUGUCCUGAACUCAGCCCUCACCAUCCUGUACCUGGUGGUUGUAGUCAACAAUCUCGCUUUGGUGGAGCGCAACCCGAUGGGGUGUAAGGUGUUACACUUUUUCCACAUGUACAUGCUGGGCUGUAACUACUUCUGGAUGCUCUGUGAGGGCAUCUACCUACACACACUCAUUGUGGUGGCCGUAUUCGCUGAGGAGCAGCACCUGCACUGGUACUACCUGCUAGGUUGGGGGUUCCCUCUGGUGCCAGCCUCCAUCCAUGCAGUGGCCAGGAAGACCUACUUUGACGAUAACUGCUGGAUGAGUGUGGAGACCCACCUGCUGUAUGCGGUCCAUGGGCCCAUCGUGGCUGCCCUCCUGGUGAACCUCUUCUUCCUCCUGAACAUCAUCCGAGUGCUGGUGACCAAGCUCCGGGACACGCACCGCGCAGAGUCCAACAUGUACAUGAAGGCAGUGAGAGCCACCCUCAUUCUGGUGCCUCUGCUAGGAAUCCAGUUUGUCAUCAUCCCCUGGAGACCAGAGAACCGCGUGGCUGGAGAGGUGUACGAGUACAUCAUGCACAUCCUCAUGCACUACCAGGUUUUAAUGUCACUCCCAGCCAAAGUACUCCUGGACAGCACAGAAGUACUCUUGGACCACACAGAAGUACUACUGGACAGCACAGAAGUACUCCUGGACAGCACAGAAGUACUCCUGUACAGCACAGAAGUACUCCUGGACAGCACAGAAGCCCUCAUGGACCGCACAGAAGCACUCCUGGACCGCACAGAAGGUCUGCUGGUGGCCACUAUCUUCUGUUUCUUUAAUGGAGAGGUGAGGGAAGGAUGGAGCUCUGCAGCAUCUGCAGUGCUGCAGUUGCUGUAUCAGACUGUUGUGGUGAAGAAGGAUCUGAGCUGA